CCGUUUCUGCAAAGUAGCAGAGCUUUUUGCGGAAAUAAAUUCUUUAUUUAAAAACUUAAAUGCAACUCGAUAAAGAAACAGAGAUGGGAUUGUUAAGGAAACUCGCAUUUCUCGCUUGUAUUUCAUUCAUCGCGCGUACGAACGCAACUUGUACGGUAGAAUUUAAGGAUGUGAUAAUACUGAUACUGAGUCAAAGUGAUGGCUAUCAUGCGGCUCAUGCUGUCCAAAUGAAAAAUAGCAUCCAAGAUCAAGCUGAUACUUUAGACAAAGAACCACCACAAGUUGUAUUAUCUCAUGAACUUAAUAUCCAAGGUUCUUGGACGAUAAUUCCAAUGCUUACAUACUUGUCAGAUCAAUUUCCACAUGGAAAAUGGUUCUUCUUUUGUCUGGAAAAUACUGUAAUCCGAUUACAGAAGCUAUUGAAUGUUUUUGAAAAAUUUUGUUCAUCCAAGAAUAUCUGGAUUGGACAUAUACUUUAUGAUCAUCAACCUACUAUUAUUCAUCAUUUUUCAGAUAAUAAAAAGUUCAAAUAUCCAAACUUAGAAUCUGGAAUUGGCAUGACUAUUACACUGUUAAACAGUUUGGCUAAAGAAAUCCGUGAUGGCAAGGAACCGGAGCAAGACUUUUCUAUCGAUGCACCAUAUGAAUUCGCGAAAUUUAUCUUAACAAAUAAGGCCGCAAAGUUGAUUCAUAUGCAUAGGCUAUGUGUAGUGUCCGCUGAAAAUUGUGCCACGUAUCCCCGAUUCUUCCAUUCUUGUAGUUCUCACAUAGCUCCAAAAGAUGUUUAUUUCGCCGUUAAAACUUGUGCCAAAUAUCAUGUAAGCAGAAUUUCAGUAGUUAAGAAAACGUGGGCCAAAUAUAAAUUGAACAUUGGAUAUUUCAGCGAUGCAGCUGAUAAAAAUUUACCGGAGGCAUACGUUGUCCCAAACACCACUACAGGACAUUGUGCUAAAACAUAUGCUAUCUUGCAAGAAGCCAGCAAAAUAUUAAAAAAACAAAAUUUCAAAUGGCUUGUUAUUGUUGACGACGAUACCAUACUCAGUGUAUCACGUUUAUUAGACUUGCUCACGUGCUACAAUCCUGAAAGUUCACUCGCAAUUGGCGAACGUUAUGGUUAUCGUAUAUGGAAGCGUGGCUAUCAAUAUUUAACUGGCGGUGCAGGCAUUGUAUUAUCAGCUCCUUUAGUUCAUGAGCUAGUAUCUUCGGAUUCAUGCGAAUGUCCGUUUGCAACUAUUCCCGAUGACAUGUAUCUUUUUGGACAUUGUUUGCAGCAUCAUGGACAAAUUGUACAUUUUUCGAUGUUUCAUCAAGCACAACCUGGAGAUUAUCCUAAUGCUUAUUUGACUCAAGAACCUAUAUCAUUUCAUAGAUUCUGGAAUUUUGAUCCUGAAGCUAUAUAUAAUGAUUGGUUUGCAGCUGCAGAUCAGCACCUGCCACUUGCACAUUUAUCACAUUCAGAAUUAUAAUACAAAAAACAUUUAUAUAAAUUUAUAUAAAUAUGCAAUAAAAUUGUUUUUAUUUUUA